GCAAGCGACCAAGCAGGGAAAUCCCCGCAGGUCCUACGGUAUUAACAUAGUCACGUCCCACCAAAUCAGACAAGCCCCAUCCCCCAUGGUGCAUGAAUGGCAUUCCUGAAAUUUGGGGCAAAGCCAAGCCCCAUUCCGAGUCCCAGGUUUUAUAAAUAAAGUCUUCACUGUAUUCUCCAAAGUCCCAAAGCCAGCAAAGUCCUUACUCAGCUAGCUUUAUAAAGAAAUCACAGCUAGCUGUUGUAAUCUCUAAGGCAUAUAUCCACUUGUUUUAGCAGACAACAAUGACAACCGCCAUGAAUCAGCAGGUCCAAGAUCAUAUGGAGCUCUUCACUCAUAUGUAUCCCGGGUUGUACACUCAGGCGAUGCCGGAACAAGGGGAGGCGAAGGUGCGGCGGAGGAGGAAGAAGAGCAAAGGAGAAAGUAGCAGUGGGUGUGCGAGGAAGAGGAAGCUGAGCGAGGAGCAAGUUACUCAUCUAGAGUUGAAUUUUGGUAAUGAACAUAAAUUGGAGUCUGAGAGGAAGGAUAAGAUCGCCUCGGAGCUGGGGUUGGACCCCCGACAAGUGGCCGUCUGGUUUCAGAACCGGAGGGCUCGCUGGAAGAGUAAGAAGCUGGAGGAGGAGUUCUCCAAGUUGAAGAUAGUCCACGAAAGUGUUGUGGUGGAGAAGUGUCGCCUUGAAACAGAGGUAUUAACGCUAAAGGAACAGCUCUCAGACGCCGAGAAGGAGAUACGACGGCUGUCGGAGCGCUCCGACGGCGUUUCAAGCAAUAGCCCGACCUCGUCCUUGUCGAAUGCGGUAGACGUAGACCCACCAUUUUUUGGGGAAUUUGGGGUGGUAGAUGGGUUGGAUAAUGUGUUCUACAUUCCGGAAAACAAUUAUGUUAGUGGCAUGGAAUGGGGAUAUCUAUAUGAUAUGUAAUUAAGGGCAUUUUAAUAUGUAGAUAGUGACCAUCUAAUGUAAAUCUCUCUUGCUUUU